CAAAAGCCAAACUACUUUCCCAGAAUAGUGGCACAGCUCUGCUCUUUGCUUUGCACAGAGCACGGGUCAUUGCAUCCAGCAUCACCCCGGAUGGCCAAGACUCAAUGGAAGAACCCCCCUCCGCAGACUUGUUUGAUCUGCACAGCGUUAAAACGAGUGACCGCCGGCCACCGGCUGCCUUGAAAUAGGCCCUUGCAAUACCAGAAGCCUCAGCCAGGAGAAAGUAGUUGCUUGUGAUUGAAAUAUUAACCAAUGACCCCAAGAGGUAGACCACCUUGGCCAAAUAAGUAAAGACUCUAACUACGCGAUGAACAGCAAAGAUGAGAAAGAAGGGGCAUCGGAGGAUGGGAGUAGGACGAAGCUCACGGCAGCCUCGUUUCUAGGACGCAUCCAAGACGUAACAUCAUCCUCUUUCGGAAGCGAAGAUGAACGCAUGCAAGUACUCCUCGGAACAUACGCUCUAAUGACGCGCUUGGAGUCUCCAUGGGAGACGUUAGUGAGAAUCUGCAUGACACAGCCGGCCCUUGGCGCAACUCUGAAGAUCCUGAAGGACUUGCAACUCUUUGAGAAAUGGCAAGCUAGGAACGGCGAGCAGAUGACGAGUUGCCAGCUCGCUGAGCUUCUUGGAGGCACUUGUGAUCCUGCGCUACUCUAUCGGUUCCUCCGUCUAAUGGCAUCUAAUCAUCUGCUGGAGGAAACCUCGGUAGGGGUCUUCAGGCCAACAUCAUUUGGGGUCGCCAUCACAGCACCGAUAUUCGACAGUCUAAUCCACAGCUUCAACGACACAAUCCUCCCAAUGUACGCCAAGAUGCCAGAAUACUUUUCAAAAACGAACUACAUCAACCCGCAAGACUCCUCCAACACCGUCUUCCAAUACGCGCAGAGGUGGGACGGCAAUCUGUGGUCCUACUACCAAGCCCAUCCCAAACAGCAAGAGCAGUUCAACGUCAUUCAGCAGACCAUUUCCGGACUCCAUCCUCCGUGGACAGAAUUAUUCCCUGCUGAAACACUGACAGAAGGAGAUGAUCCUCAGGUGCCGUUGCUUGUGGAUAUUGGCGGGAGUACCGGACACGAUGUUCUCAAGCUCCACUCCAUCUACCCAGAGACAGCCUCUCGGUUGUAUCUCGAGGAUCUAGAAUCUGUGGUAGAGCAAGCUGUCUUGCCGGAGGGAGUCAACAAGGUUCCAUAUGACUUCUUUACAGCACAGCCGAUAAAAGACGCAACAGGAGCAAAAGCAUACCUAAUGCACUCCAUCCUCCACGACUGGUCUGACGCCCCAGCCCGCAAGAUCCUAGAAAUGCAAAAGGAAGCAAUGACGCCCGGCUUCAGCAGGUUACUCAUUCACGACAACAUCUUCGAAACGGCUCUAGCACACCCGCAGACAACCGCCUUCGACAUCCAGAUGAUGGCUAUGGUUGCCGGUCAAGAGCGGACGGAGGACCAGUGGAGGGAGCUGAUUAACUCGGCUGGGUUGCAUGUUGUCAGGAUUUGGAGGUUGAAGUCUGCUGUGCAUAGCGUCAUUGAAGUCUUGAGAUAG